GUUGUUUCACGUAGUUCUUUCCGCUAACUUUGCAAAACCGGAUGUUGUGUCACGUGAAUCCUUCCGCUAACUUUAUCAAAACCCUCGCGCGCUCCCGAUUGAAUGCGUUUACCGUCAACAUCAGUCUAUAGGUGCACAGAAAUGUAAGUGUCGGCUGAGUUGACCACGGAGAUCCGAGUGUCGGCUGAGUUGACCGCAUUGUGGUUAGACCGGUUCACCGAGCCCGAAGAAGGGCGCGUGUCCCGGCUGUAAACAAAAGGAGCGCCUCUUGUCGUCAUGGAGUCCACGAGGCUGGUUCUGGUUCUGGCUCUCUUCUGGACCCGGACCACCGGGGACCUGGACCGGAACUCCUCGGCCCUGAAGGUGGACCUGUCGGUGGCGGUCCGCCGGGUGGACCGACGCUUCCUGUCCGUCACCAUCGACGCGAGCCUGGCGGCCGAGGAGCGGUUCAUGUCCCUGUUGAGCUCUCCGAAGGUCCGGACGCUGGCGAAGGCCUUGAGUCCGUCUUUCCUGAGAUUUGGGGGGACGAGACAAGACUUCAUGGUCUUCACCCCCCAGGGGGUCCGCCAGGACUCCGAGGAUCCUGCAGGUGCGUCCUGUGACGGGCAGCAGCUGCCGGUCUGGCUGGAGGACCAGCUGAAGAAGGACUGGACCCGGCAGCAGCUGAUCCUGAUGAAAGAAGACCUGCAGGGGAAGUACAGAAGAGUCCAGUACACAGAGUCCACCGUGGACCUGCUGCACUCCUUCUCCAGCUGCUCGGGGAUGGACCUGGUCUUCGGGCUGAACGCUCUGCUCAGAACCAGCAACAACACCUGGAACAGCAGCAACGCCGCCGCACUGCUGCGGUACUGUGAGUCCAGACGGUACCACAUGGCCUGGGAGCUGGGCAACGAACCAAACAGCUUCGAGAAGAAGGCCGGGGUCCGAGUGGACGGGGAGCAGCUGGGGCGCGACUUCACCCUCCUCCGGGCGCUGAUGUCACGGUCACCAUGGCAACGCCACGCCGGGCUGUACGGGCCGGACAUCGGCCAGCCCCGAGACCACCGGGCCCACCUGCUGGAGGGCUUCCUCCGGACUGGAUCUGAGGCUGUGGACGCCUGCACCUGGCACCAUUACUACGUGAAUGGGAGGGAUACGUCUCUGGAGGACUUCCUGGAUCCAGAGAUUCUGGAUUCUCUGAUUAUCAAGACCAAAGAAGUCCUGGAGAAGGUGGCGCUGGUCUCUCCUCAGAAGCCGGUGUGGCUCGGUGAGACGAGCUCUGCGUUCGGAGGAGGAGCCGCUGGGCUGUCGGACACGUUCGCCGCAGGAUUCAUGUGGCUGGAUAAGCUGGGCCUAGCGGCCCUCCUGGGUCUGGACGUGGUGAUGCGCCAGGUGUUCAUCGGCUCUGGGACUUAUCACCUGCUGGACCAAGACCUGGACCCCCUUCCUGACUACUGGCUGUCGCUGCUCUACAAGCGGCUGGUGGGCCAGGAGGUGCUGCGGGUGGAGGCCCCUGGGAGGAGGCGCGUGCGUCUGUACCUGCACUGCUCCAGCAGAGACAGGUACCCGGGCGGCGCCGUCACGCUGAUGACCAUCAACCUGGGGCACCCGGCGGCCCGACUCCGCCUCCCGGCCCGGCUGGCCGGCCCGGUGGAGGCCUUCAUGCUGCAGGCGGAGCAGCCGGGGGAGGAGGGGCUGACCUCCAGGUCUGUGAGGUUGAACGGCCAGGUGAUGAAGAUGAGGGAUGACGGGACUCUUCCCGACAUGAGAGCAGCUCGUCUUCCUCCCUCUGAAGUCCUGCAGCUGCCGGCCUUCUCCCUCAGCUUCUUCAUCUUCACUGAGGCCCGGGCUGAAGCCUGCGGGUGACCUCCUGGGACCAGGAGGAGGACCUGGGACCAGGAGCAGGACCUGGGACCAGGAGCAGGACCUGGGACUAGGAGGAGGACCUGGGACUAGGAGCAGGACCUGGGACUAGGAGGAGGAACUGGGACUAGGAGCAGGACCUGGGACUAGGAGCAGGACCUGGGACUAGGAGGAGGAACUGGGACUAGGAGCAGGACCUGGGACUAGGAGGAGGAACUGGGACUAGGAGGAGGAACUGGGACUAGGAGCAGGACCUGGGACUAGGAGGAGGACCUGGGACUAGGAGCAGGACCUGGGACUAGGAGGAGGACUUGGGACUAGGAGGAGGACCUGGGACUAGGAGGAGGACUUGGGACUAGGAGGAGGAACUGGGACUAGGAGGAGGACAUGGGACUAGGAGGAGGAACUGGGACCAGGAAGAGGAACUGGGACUAGGAGGAGGACAUGGAACUAGGAGGAGGAACUGGGACCAGGAAGAGGAACUGGGACUAGGAGGAGGACUUGGGACUAGGAGGAGGACAUGGGACCAGUAGCAGGACCUUGGACUAGGAGGAGGACAUGGGACUAGGAGGAGGACAUGGGACCAGGAGCAGGACCUGGGACUAGGAGGAGGACAUGGGACCAGGAGCAGGACCUGGGACUAGGAGGAGGACAUGGGACCAGGAGCAGGACCUGGGACUAGGAGGAGGACAUGGGACCAGGAGGGGGACCUGAGACCAGGAGGAGGACAUGGGACCAGGAGGGGGACCUGAGACCAGGAGGAGGACAUGGGACCAGGAGGAGGACAUGGGACCAGGAGGAGGAACUGGGACUAUAUGCACACACAUAAGUACAUAAAUACAGCUGCAACUAACGAUUAUUUUGAUAAUUGAUUAAUGUGUUGAUUAUUUUUUCAAUUAAUCAGUUAAUAUAAAUAAAAAAUCCCAACCUUU